AGUUAAAUAUAUAAGUCUCAGCAUCACUGUUUUAAUUGUCGUUGAUAACAAACAACUAUCGGUAUAUCGAUAGGUAAACAGAAAUACACUAGAGGCCGGCGAUAACCGCCUGGUGCAAUUGCGUGAAUUUCGUGAAUUUAUUCUAAAAUUUCAAUAACUGUUAUGGAUCUGAAACUAAAUGAUGGCAGCCCGCCGCAACAGCCCACGCAACCCAAUCAGCAUCCAUUGGCGGACUAUCAUUUCAGUCCAGAAGAGCUGAAAGCGUUACGUGAAUGCAAUCAGGAAUCAUUUGUGCAACGUUCGCUGCCUUUCGGCACCGGGCUGGGUUUGUUGGCCUACUUUGGCGUUAAAAAUGGCUAUAUUCAGGGCAAUGGCAAAUAUGGUGCGGUGCCCAAAGUUGUUUUGGGCGUCAUUCUCGGCUAUUUCGUGGGCAAAUUCAGUUAUCAGCAGAAGUGUGCAGAGAAAAUUAUGCGUUUACCCAAUUCUCGACUGGGUGAACUUCUGCGACAGCGGCGGCAAGGCGGCGGCGUCAUUAACUCCAUAACACCGGAUGAGAAUCUGGGACGUGCUUUCACUUUGGCGCCCUUUACGCCCAGCUCCGCAGACGUUUAUACCGAUGAAGGAUUCCAGCCAUCGAGAAAUACGGCUCUCAAUUUGGAUACGGACUCGCGGCCCAAUCUUUCUGGAUUGGAUGAUAUCUACAGGCCUACACUGGAUUCUGCCAGCACUUUGGUCGACACGGAACUGCCUUUGGAGCCCGCAAAGCCCGGCGAAAGCUAUGAGGAUUUGCGUCGCAAGAAUCGCGAGGAGUAUACAAAGCAUCAACAGAGCGCUUAUUCAAGGCCCUACGAAGCGCCUAUACCGCAACAACAGCAGCAGCAGCAGCCGCAGCUACAUCAACGACCCUUGGCUCAAGAGCCAAUGCCGGGCAGAAAGAACAAAUAUGGCGAUUCAUGGACAGAUUAACAGAAUUUUCUCUUCUGAAUGCGGAGCAGCCUCUUACACUUACUGCAAAUGUUAAUUUAAACGCUGACAAUACAAGGCGUAAUACACAGAAGUUUAAAAUAUGUUAAUUCUAUAAGCAAAAAGAUUUGCCAUUUUUCAAUGUUCGUUUACUAUGUUCCCUCUAUGUGCAGAAUUGUAUAAGAGAGCAAGUAUAAGAGUAAGAGUAUAAGCUAGCCUUAGCUUGAGUGAAACCUCAAGCGUCUGUGAGCCAUUUCUGAAUCAGUUUAGCAAACUCUUCUCUAAAUGCAAUUGUUUAUUUAAUAUAAAACGC